GAUACAUCCCAGCCUGCCUCCCAUCCUCAGGUUACAAAAAUGAGAAGAAGAAAACCCGCCGCCGAGGGGCCUCUCCUGACCCCCUUUACACCCCGAUCCAGGAGGACUACAGCGACCCCGAGAGCCCCCAAUCCAGCCUCUCGUCUCACUACUUCCAGGGCGAAGCGGCCGUCACCGAGAGCUACUCCAUGGACGCCUUCUUCAUCAUCGACGGGCGGUCCCGCCGGCGGGCCGAGGGCCCUCGUCGCGGGGCACACCGCCACGCCUGCACGGAAUGCGGCAAGACCUACGCCACCUCCUCGAACCUCAGCCGGCACAAGCAGACGCACCGCAGCCUGGAUAGCAAGCUGGCGCGCAAGUGUCCGACGUGUAGCAAAGCGUACGUCUCCAUGCCAGCGUUGGCCAUGCACCUGCAGCACAACCUCAAACACAAGUGCGCCGUGUGCGGCAAGGCCUUCAGCCGGCCGUGGCUGCUGCAGGGACACAUGCGUUCGCACACCGGGGAGAAGCCCUUCGGCUGUUCGCACUGCGGGAAGGCCUUUGCGGACCGCUCCAACCUACGCGCACACAUGCAAACCCACUCGGCGCUCAAACACUACCGUUGCAAGCAAUGCCACAAGACUUUCGCUCUCAAAUCCUACCUCCACAAACACUACGAAUCUGCCUGCUUCAAAGGGCCGGAACACGCCUGCCCGGCGGAGAACUGACCCCGAGCUGGGGCAGGAAGAAUCCCACGCCUGCAGCCUCCUCCGGUCGUCCUGGGAUUUAUUCCCACAUCACAAAAAAAAGGAACCUUGCUGGAACCAGGAGGAUCCGUGGGAAGAAUCGCAGGACACCGCAUUUUACGGGGAACGGUCUUCAGACGGAAGGCGAGCACUGCAACCUCAGCGAAACUCUCUUCCUAAAACUCAGUAUCUGGGUUCACACAACAGGUAGAACCCAACAAAGUCAAGACGGUAGAUACACCUGCCCAACGUGCUAAGUUUGGUUUGUACUUAGCUUUGCUCAGGUCCCGUACAUGUGUAGAUGAAGCCCCAGAAGGCGAUCUGUCUCCAAACUCUCGAUUAAUUCAUGCGUUGAAGAAAUGUGCAAACCUAGACGAUGGAUGGAUUCAAACACCUGGCUUAACCAUGUUGCGUGAAUGUUAUCCGUGGCUGGAUUCGCACGACACACCCAGACCAGGCUGCAGUGGGGUUCUCGGUCCUGCUGUGCGCAGCCUGCAAACGCUGACACGGCAACCUUCAAAUUCACUCACCCAGGGAUCGGAGAGAAGAGAACGUGCAUGGACGAAUGAAUGAAUGAAGGUUGAAAGAAUGAAGAUGUUAAUUUCUACCUGGAUGAAGUUUGGGGCCGGGGGGGUACCUGGUCCAACCUGGGAGUACACCAGCUGCCUCAGCCAGGUGCGUGAAGCCAUAAGGUGAUUAGUUUGGGCCCAGCGUAAGGUGUGAAUGCAGGAAUGGCAUUGGAUAAAUCUGACGUGUUGUGUGAAUCCAGCUAUAGGAGGAGCUUUGGGAAAAGAGAUCUAAAAUGGACCACAAAGCCCAUCUGCUUCCUGACUUCCUUUUCCCCUUCCUUCAACUCAACGAAAGCAAUAAAACGCCCACUUUGCUCACAUAAA